UGAGGGAGAAGGAGGAGGAAGGGGAAAAAAGAGAGCAAACAAAAUGGCGGCGGCCCUGGCGGACGCGAAGGGGGACUGAGAGGCUCCCCUUUGAGAGCCAGAGAGCCCCAAAAGGUGGGAGGCGGGGGAGAGGGGCAGCUGGGGACCCCUUUGUUGUCUUUUGGGGGUCCUAUCUCCUCUCUACCCCCAAAAAACACAAGCUUGGUUUUUAAGACCCCCUCUUUCCCCUCCUAAUUCCAAUUUUAAGCCCCCCUUUUCUUUUAGGGAAGGGUCACCCCAUUUCACUCCAUCCCUAUUUUGGGGGGGGGUGCCCCUUAUAGGGAUCACCCCACUUUUUGUGGGAUUUUGGGGGGUCUCUUCCUCCCCAAUUUCUUACUCUUCUUUUAUUCCUUCUCUUUUCCAAAACUGAGGCCAUCCCUCCCCCAAAAAAGUCCCUUUAGGUUUCACUUUCUGCCCCAUAUUUUGACCCCAUAUUUUGUGGUGUUGUCUCCCCAUUUAAGGAAUUUAUUCUUUUCUUUCUCCCAAAUUGAGCCCUAUUUUUGUGGGGUCAUAAAUAGCCUUCCCUACUUCUUUCCCCAGCUUUUACUUUCUGCCCCAUAUUUUGGCCCCAUAUUUUUUGGCAUGUAUCCCCAUUAAUUUGUUCUCUCCCUACUUUCUGCCCCACAUUUUGCCCCCCCCCCCCGUUAGACUAUUGUAUCCCCAUUUAAAGAUUUUAUUCAUUCCCUUCUCCCAGACCGAGCCCUAUUUUUGUGGGGGGCAAAGACAACCUCCGUACUUCCUUCCCAAGCGUUAUUUUCUGCCCCAUCUUUUGCCCCCUAGGUCUUGGUAUUGUAUCCCACUCCCCAUGUAAGGAGUUUAUUCUUGCCAUCUAGCAUUAAUUCCCCCACCAACUUUGUUUAAUCACUGUUUAUGGAGUUUAACAUCACUUAGGGUUCUGUGUUUGCCCUUUCAUCCCAGUCUAUCUGGGCAGCCCCCCAACGCCAGCAGCUUUCAGAAUUACAAAAUGGCUGCAUAUCCUUCUGACUCUGGGCCCUUCUCUCCAUGCUAGUGAACUGAUUUAUUUUCUUCGUUUUGGGGUGAGCGGGAACGAUUCCCUCGUUCUUUUUCCGGACUCUUUCUCUCUCUCUCUCUCUCUUGUUUUGCUACUCCGCUUUCCGAGUGCCUUCUCCAAAUCCGAACAAAAUCGGUCUGUGCUCCGGAACUGAAUUUGCGCAGGAGGAAAACGUCAGAAAUUUAAAGAAGAGAAAAGAAGAAUCCAGUUGAAGGAAAGCCGCAGGAAGCGCCGUCUCGAAGCCACUAAGACUCAGGAUGUCGGAGAACCAGCCGAACAACCACCAUCACCCGAUGAACAACAACGUUGGGGUCGGGGGACCCCCUGGAAAUAACCGAGGAGUCCGUAACCUCAACCAGAACCCACUCAUCAAUGUCCGCGACCGCCUCUUCCAUGCGCUCUUCUUCAAGAUGGCCGUUACCUACGCCCGACUCUUUCCACCUUCCUUUCGUCGCGUUUUUGAAUUCUUCGUGCUCCUCAAGGCUCUGUUUGUUCUCUUUAUCCUGGCCUACAUCCACAUUGCCUUCUCCCGCUCACCCAUCAACUGCCUGGAGCACGUCCGGGACAAGUGGCCCAGGGACGGCAUCCUGAGGGUUGAGAUACAGCGCAACUCCAGCCGCGCUCCCAUCUUCCUCCAGUUUUGUGAUGACGACAGGUUCCCGGGCAUGGCGGUUGAGCCUGGUGUCGAAGAAGAAGAGGAGGAGGAGGAAGAGGAAAUGACCGUGGAGAUGUUUGAAAACAGCUCCAUCAAGUUUGAGCUGGAUAUUGAGCCCAAGGUGUUCCUCAAGCCAUCGCGACUGAAUGGGGCCAAAGUUCUAGCCCCCAACGAAAGCCAGGAAUAUUCGUUCAGCGAUGAGCCGGCCUCUAAAGGUAUGGAGCCCCUCAGCGAGACUGUGUCCGAGUUUGAGAUGCUAGCCAAAGCAGUCUGGCCACAGGAAGAGUACAUUGUGGAGUAUUCCUUCGAGUACGGUUUCUUGCGGCUGUCCCAGAGCACCCGCCAGCGCCUCAGCAUUCCUGUCAUGGUGGUAACGCUUGAUCCCACCCGAGACCAGUGCUUUGGUGACCGCUUCAGCCGUCUUCUGCUGGAUGAGUUCCUGGGUUAUGAUGACAUCCUCAUGUCCAGUGUCAAAGCCUUGGCCGAAAAUGAAGAGAAUAAAGGGUUCCUUCGCAAUGUGGUGUCCGGGGAACACUACCGUUUCAUCAGCAUGUGGAUGGCCCGGACUUCGUACUUGGCAGCCUUCGUCAUCAUGGUGAUUUUUACCCUCUCUGUCUCUAUGCUGUUGCGCUACUCCCAUCACCAGAUCUUUGUUUUUAUCGUGGACCUGCUGCAGAUGCUGGAGAUGAACAUGACCAUUGCCUUCCCAGCAGCCCCCUUGCUGACGGUCAUCUUGGCCCUAGUAGGCAUGGAAGCGAUCAUGUCGGAGUUCUUCAAUGACACCACCACGGCCUUCUACAUCAUCCUCAUUGUGUGGCUGGCCGACCAAUACGAUGCCAUCUGCUGCCAUACCAACACCAGCAAGAGACACUGGCUGAGGUUUUUCUACCUGUACCAUUUUGCCUUUUAUGCUUACCAUUACCGCUUCAACGGGCAAUACAGCAGCCUGGCGCUAGUCACCUCCUGGCUUUUCAUACAGCAUUCCAUGAUCUACUUUUUCCACCACUAUGAGCUGCCAGCUAUCCUCCAGCAGAUCCGGAUUCAAGAGAUGCUGCUGCAGACCCAGCAGGUGGGCACUCAGACCACGCUCCAGGACAACCUCAACAACAACACGACUGUCGCCCCCACUGAUCUGGCUGGUCCUCGUCCCCAUCUGGACACUAGCCCUGCUGGGGAAGUGGCUGGACCCCUGGCUUCUGGGGAGGGCCAUGCAGCUGCCACGGCCCCUUCCCUGGGCAGCGACUUAAACUGGGUGGCAGAAACGGCAGCUGUCAUCACAGAAGCAUCUUUUCUAUCCAACUUGAGCGGUUCUUUCCUGGACCCUGGCGGUCCCCCAGAAGCGACUGCCACUGGGAAUUUGCCAGACGCAGCUGUUGCUUCGAGCGUGAUGACCCGGAUUCUGGUUGGCGGUGACCGCGCAGAGGCACCGGUGGGAUCCAUCACCAUUGAGGUCACUUCAACCGCAGGGGUUCCCCCAACGGACACAACGUCGGUGUCCUUAGCACCAGAGGAUGCUCCUCGGCCGUUGCAGAGUUUGCCCACCCAAGCUACCGAACUCCCAGGUACAGACUCCACUUUGGACCCCUGCUCGCCAGACUCUGCAUUAAGAAGACCCUCUGGGGAAGGACUUGUCGACGGGGAAGCCUGCCCCAUCUCCCCGGACAGUACGACUUCCUCAGAUCCUGAAUCCAGGUUCCCUGCUCUGUAGUGAACCAGAGGCCUUUCCAUCCUCAUCGUCCGUUCAUCACCUACCCUGAACAAGAGGCCACACCGGAAGGUGAGGUGCAGAGGAAGUCACAUCCUCCCGUGCCAAGAAACGAAAAAAAGAAACCAUGAACCCGAAAAAAGGCAUGGCUAAGAGUAGUAAAAGUUGGUCCCAUCUCUGAACGAAAUCCUCAAGUCCCUUCACACCCACUUAACAUGCCUUUUGGGUCUUUCUCUAUGGGGCUUGCUAAGUUCUACCUCCUUGUCUCUUUUAACUCCCCUCUAGCCGAUGCUUUUUCGGAGAACAUAGGACUUCCUCCUUGUUCUCUGCCAGGGAUCUUGGCUCAGUCCGAAUGGGGAUGUUUUCACUUGCCCUCUGUCCCCUUCAAAAGGUUGUGGGGGAGAGGGGCUAUUGAGCAAGGAUCAUGGCGGAUUUCAUCAAAAGAUGCUGGUGUGGGCAAUGGGGAAAAAAGCUUGCCCUCGGGAGGGGAUUGGGCAGUGAGAUAGUUCUGGGCUGAUUUGGCACUGCCGCUACCUCUUCCUUCUCCUUGGCAUGCAAGUCGUAGGAACAUUACUCUGGUGUACUCAGGGUGGGUAGGUGGGGAGAAUAUCCAGGCUUCGUAGCUUGGAUUGUGCAUCCGCUUAUAGUAAAUGGCCUCUCUUCAGAGCAUAGAUUUUCUUUUAAAAUGAAACGGUGGAGGGUUAUUUGCUCACACGACGCUCUUGGAAAGCUGGGGCAGCCUCUUGUCGGGUGGGUUCUUCCUGCCAAUGGGUUGCUUCUUAAGUUGUAAAUCCCAAUAAGAAAAGGGUUACGUCCAACUGGGACAGGCUCUUUUUGCAGUGAUUUGGGGGCGUAUUCCCCUCCACCUUUUAAUCUGUCCUUACCUAAGGAAGAGCAGUGCAGGGUGGGAUGGGUCAUAGAGCUAUUUCUUGCAAUUAAAAGUGCAUGGGGAGGAAUGGGAUAAAAGACAGGAUUUUUUUCCUCCUUGAUUUUUUGCCUAAUGGGAGAUUUAAAGGCUCAGAGACGAGAGAGGAAAGGCUAAAUCUUAAUACACUGAACAGAGGAGCAGGAAAAUGAAGCUUAGCUGAGUAAAGCAGUCAAGAGUAUGGCUUGGAAGUUUAAUUUCUUUUAGUCUUGCUCCUGAUGAUCGUCCUCACGGCCCUCUUAUUAUUCCCUAAACACACAAAACCUGAGUAUUUUUUAUGCUGCAUGAUGGGUUAGAAUAUAUUGUUUCUUCCUGCUCAGCCCAGUGCCUUUCUCUAGAAAUGGGGCAGUGGGUGCCUUUCGAAAGGUUGGCCCUUUCUGUGCAGCCGCCUACCCAGAGAUAAAAAUAGGAAGAGGAAGGGAUUCUCCUCUUUUUCCCCAGUUGCAGAUUCCCUUAUAGUUUUUUGGGAUGGGGGCAGCAUUGCAAACAGUAAGCUAGCAGGGGGCUCCCAGUUGUGGCACAGGAGUGCCUUUGGAGAUUUCACCAAAUCUAGCAAUGGAGAGGAAACAGUCAGGCACUGAGUAACCUGCAGCCUUCCAAGUGAUGCUCCCAUCAUCCUCAGCUGUUGGGGCAGAUGGGAGAUGUGUCUGGCGACAACCGGAAGGCCACAGAUGUCCUCAGUGUUGUGUGAGGAAGAGGAGAAGAAGGCUCAGCUCUCCAAAAGUGUACCCUGUAAUCUCAUUGAGUGGAGAUUUUGGGGGGCUUUUAAGUGUAGAAAACGUAAGUCAUGACCAACAAGCUGUGGAUCGCUCCAAGCUCCAAAAAUGCCUCAAACCUUCCCCCUACUUGCAUAGAUUUGCAGCAGACUUGGGCAUGGAUGCAGAGCUGAAAUACGACAGUUUUCCUUCAAGUAGUUGGUAUCCUGUCUCAAGCCACUGUGUUCAAUAUUAAUGCUUAAAAACAAAGAAUUGUAGCAGGGUGAGUUACACUUGAUUUUGGUGGGACAUGUUAGAGAUGCGUAACACACACGCGCACCCCGUAGCAAUGGUGUUGAGAGACCGUUGGUGUGCAAUGUAUUGGCAGAACCCUGAGCCACCUUCUGCCAGUAUCUGACCAACGGGGGUCUUAGGAAUUGUUUGUAUGGAACCGGACAUUGGGGGCUUUCGGAGUUGGAAUCGUCCGGGGAAAGCAUAGGAAGCGGAGGGUGGUGGGAGCGAGAGGAGAAAAAUAAAACCAAAUCACACAUAAAGAAUGAAGAGUAGAGUUCAUUCUAUUUAAUGUACAAAAUGUAUGUAUAUAUAUAUAUAUAUAUAUUAUAUAUAUAUAAUAAAUACUAUAUCUAA